CUUGCUCGCCAGUCGAGCUAAGGAGGGCCUUAUGUCCUGAUCAUAAUCAACACUUGACCCUUCCGUAGAUCAUAUAACCCAUGGACAUUUGAUCUGUUUUACUAUAUACUUGGUGGCAGUGUGUGCCAAAUACCGGGAAACAGGCCUUUGCGGUUGCCGAGUGGAGCACACUUCCCAUACAGGUGUAUUCUUGACACCAUGACGGUCAAAGUCAUUCGCAUAGCUCUCUUGAUAUGCGAUACACCACUGCCGAGAGUGAUGAAGGACCAUGGCGAUUACCUUCAGAUAUACCGUACUUGGCUACUUGAUUCUCUGGCAACAUAUUCCGACCAGGAGAUAGCUCAGGACACAGAGCUCAUACUUGACGGAUACAACGUUGUGGAUCAUGGUCAAUUUCCGCCGAGGGAGAGAUUGAUAGCGGGCGCUAGAGAUGCCUACGACGCAGUCAUGUUGACGGGAUCAAGUGAGUACAGUGCAUUGCAUUGCAUCUAUGGCAGGUGUAUUGGGUUCUAUUCGCGACCCACGCUGUGUCGAGAGCUCCUGCUGAAUACGUCCCGAAUACCCUUCAGAACAUACCGCUCAUGACCCUUCGGAAACGUUUGUUCCUCCCCUCGUGGACUUUGUCAAGCAGCUCGUGCAUGACCCCUUGACGAUGCAUCUUCAAGUACUUGGGAUAUGUUUUGGACAUCAGAU